AUGUCACAGAGGCCGGGGACGUCUAGAACCCGGAGGGCCCCCAGCCUCAGUGUCAUCUGCCAGAAAGGCCACCGAGGCCAGCAGCUCCGAGACCGGCCCUCCAGGGCGCCAUGCGCGCCGGGCUGCAGCCGGGCGCCUGCUCUGCCUAGACCGCGCCGCGCCCGCGUCCCAGCCCCCGCCGCGCCACCCCCGCCACUCCGGCACCGGCCACGGGCCCCGGGGCGGCCCUGGAGAUGCCCCUGGGCCUCGCGGGAGCCGUCCCCAGCGGGACCUAGCCGCGCGCAGCCGGAGCAGGGGGCGGCCAUGGGGCGGCCGCGGCCGGCCCCCGCGCUGGGGGCGGCGCUCAAGGCCCUGCUGAUCCUGCCCGCGCUGCUGGGCCGCUCGCAGGCCGUGGUGCGGGCCGUGCUGGAGGACAACACCAGCGCCGUGGACUUCGCGGACCUGCCGGCGCUGUUCGGCGUGCCCCUGGCGCCCGGGGGCGUGCGCGGCUACCUGGUGGAGGCCCGGCCGGCCAACGCCUGCCAGCCCAUCGAGGGCCCGCGGCCCGGCAACCGCUCGCUGGGCGCCAUCGCGCUGAUCCGCCGCUACGACUGCCCCUUCGACCUCAAGGUGCUGCACGCGCAGCGCGCCGGCUUCGAGGCGGCCAUCGUGCACAACGUGCGCUCGGACGACCUGGUGCGCAUGGCCCACGUGUGCGAGGACCUGCGCGGCCAGAUCGCCAUCCCCGCCGUGUUCGUGGGCGAGGCCGCCUCGCAGGACCUGCGCGUCAUCGUGCGCUGCGACAAGUCGGCCCAGGUGCUGCUGCUGCCCGGCCGCGCGGCCUGCCCCGAGCCCGACUGCCGGCCCGCGCUGGCGCUGUCCUGGGUGCUGGGCCGCGCGCUGGCGCUGGCCGCCGCCGCGCUCCUGGCGCUGCGCCGCCUCUGCCUCUGGGCCCGCGCCUGGUGGGCGCGGGGGCCGCCCGCCAAGGCGCCGCCCGGCCCGCGGGCGCAGGUGCGCACCUUCACGCGGCGCCACGACCUGUGCGCCAUCUGCCUGGACGAGUACGAGGAGGGCGACCGGCUCAAGAUCCUGCCCUGCUCGCACGCCUACCACUGCGAGUGCAUCGGGCCCUGGCUCGCCCAGGCCGCCCGGCGCUCCUGCCCCGUGUGCAAGCAGUCGGUGGCCGGCACCGAGGACGGCUCCGACGCCACCGUCGACAGCUUCUGCGACGAGGACCCCUCCCUGCCCGGCCACCGGCCGCCCCUCUGGGCCGUGCAGGCCCGGCUGCGCUCCCGCAGGCUGGAGCUGCUGGCCCGGACCGGCCCCUGCGGCCGCUGCAGCCCCGAGGCCCUGGCCGCGGCCGAGCCCCCCGCCGAGCCCCCCGACAGGCCCCUGGGGCCCUCCUGAG